AAUGUUGCUACUGCUCCAUCACUGUUAUAGACCAUUGAAGUAGUUGAAGUUGUCUCCAUGGCAACAACAACCGAGCACACUGGUCUGCAAUGCCAGUGUUGAACCACUGAGGGACAGUGUAGUCUUCUUUCUUCUUCAAGCAGUAUGGAUGACGGAUGCUAAUCAUAACGCAACACUUCAGGAGGGCUUCAGGAAGUAGAAGGCCUGAGGGGAAGCAGAAGAGAGCCUCCACCUUUGCAUCCAUCAUGCAGAGCGCCAUCCUCCUCUUCUUCUCCCUGAUCCUCUUCUUCAUGUCCCUGCUCAUUCCUGCUAUCUCCGCUCAAAGCGAAGCAGACCUGACGGUUCAGACCCGGGAUGGCCGAGUGCGGGGCAUCCACAUGCCCGUACUGGAGCGGGGACACGUCACCGCCUUUUUGGGUAUCCCUUUUGCGGAGCCACCCAUGGGGAAACGGCGAUUCCGGCCGGCCGAGCCCAAGCAGAUGUGGACAGGCGUGUACGAUGCCAACUACUACCCCAAAGCCUGCUUCCAGUUUGUGGACACCACGUUCCCUGGCUUUACGGGCAGUGAGAUGUGGAACCCCAAUAGGGAGAUGAGUGAGGACUGCCUGUAUCUUAACGUGUGGGUGCCCCCUUCGCCCAGACCUCAUAACCUCACUGUCAUGGUGUGGAUCUACGGUGGAGGUUUUUACAGCGGUUCUUCUUCCCUGGACGUGUAUGAUGGUCGAUACUUAGCGUACAGUGAGACCGUCAUUGUGGUCUCCAUGAACUACCGCAUCGGGGCCUUUGGCUUCCUCGCUCUGGAUGGCUCCUCCGAGGCUCCAGGGAACGUGGGCCUGCUUGACCAGAGGAUGGCCUUGCAGUGGGUUCAGGACAACAUCCACUACUUUGGAGGGAACCCCAAACAGGUGACCAUCUUUGGAGAGAGUGCCGGCGGCGCUUCAGUGGGAUUCCACCUCAUAUCUCCAGACAGCCGGCCCUUGUUCACCAGAGCCAUCAUGCAGAGCGGCGUCCCCAACACACCUUGGGCCACUGUCAGCCCGGCAGAGGCCCGCAGACGGGCCACACUGCUGGCUAAGCUAGUGGGCUGCAAUGGGGGCAAUGAUACCGAGCUGGUGGACUGUCUCCGCACCAAAAAACCUCAGGAGCUCAUUGACCAGGAGUUUCAGGUCCUGCCUUGGCCGUCCAUCUUCCGCUUUUCAUUCGUCCCGGUAGUGGACGGCGAUGUCGUGCCUGACACUCCCGAUGCCAUGCUCAACUCGGGCAACUUCAAGGACACUCAGGUCCUGUUGGGGGUCAACCAGGAUGAGGGCACAUAUUUCCUGCUGUAUGGCGCUCCGGGCUUCAGCAAGGACAAUGACAACCUCAUCUCCAGAGAGGACUUCCUGGAAGGCGUAAAGCUCAGCGUGCCGCACGCUAAUGACAUCGGUCUGGAGGCGGUGGUGCUGCAGUACACCGACUGGAUGGACGAGAACAACGGCGUGAAGAACCGUGACGCCUUGGAUGACAUUGUAGGCGACCACGAUGUCAUUUGCCCUCUGGCCUUCUUUGCUCGCUCCUACGCUCAGCACAAUGUGCUCAAGUCCAACGCAGGAGUCUUUCUCUACCUGUUUGACCACCGGGCCUCCAACCUGCCCUGGCCAGAGUGGAUGGGUGUGAUUCACGGCUAUGAGAUCGAGUUUGUCUUCGGCCUUCCCCUGGAGAAGAGAUUCAACUACACUCAGGAGGAGGAGAAGCUGAGCCGACGCAUGAUGAGAUACUGGGCCAACUUUGCUCGGACUGGAAAUCCUAAUGUGUACGUGGACGGAACCGUGGAGAACAGGAAGCGCUGGCCUCAAUUCACCGUCAGCGAGCAGAAAUAUGUGGGACUCAACACGGAACCCAUGAAGGUUCACAAGGGUCUCAGGAACCAGAUGUGCGCUUUCUGGAACCACUUCCUGCCACGCCUCCUCAACAUCACUGACAACAUCGACGAGGCCGAGCGCCAGUGGAAGGUGGAGUUCCACCGCUGGUCCUCCUACAUGAUGCACUGGAAGAGCCAGUUCGACCACUAUAGCAAGCAGGAGCGUUGCACUGACCUCUGAGAGCCUCCACAGCGGAUGGGGGGAGGCGAGGUGGUGGUUGGCAGGGGACAUGACAGGCGAGACAAGCUUAUUUCCUCCAUAGCCGCCCUCCAUUUUUAUUCCUAACGAUUUCAACACAUAAACCAACGCAGACACCCUAUUUAUUUUUUUAGGUAUUGUUCUAAUUAUUUAUUGACUAUUUAUAUAUGAAUAUAUACAGUAUGUGUGUGUGUAUGUGUGUGUCUGUGUGUGUGUUUUGUGGAAAACGACUAUGGAGGGAACUUGUCUCUUUUAGUGUGUCUCCAUCUCACACUGUCACUUUUUAUUUUUAACAUAUCAGGGUUUUUUUUUUUUUUUGGUGGAAUGGUCCACUUAGACGCCCCUGUCCCACUCGCUCCUUUUAGCACUUUAGUCCACUUUGCGCUCCUGAUGGCGGCCAUCUUGGUUCUUUUGGUGACACAAUCAUUCAGAUCAAAGUCAGUUGCCAUUUUUUUAAAAAUGUUUUUAUGCCUCCACCGCCGUCAAGUCGUCCCGUCGCUCUGUCCUUGCGUCCCAUGCCUUCACCUCUGAUCACCAUCUAAACGCAUCCUUCCUCCCUCUCUCCAUUUUCGCACUGUCCUUCAUCCAACUUUCGUCUCUCUCUUUUCUCGUUAGCCUAAUGGAGGCCGAGUAAUUCACUCAGCAGCAGGAUAAUGUGACAGAGCGCUGGCUCAGCCUCUGGCGGAGCUCGAUGAAUAGCUGGAAAAUGGAGGUGGAAAGGCAGGGAGAGGGAGCAGGAGGAGGAGGAGGAGGAGGCGGAUGAACAGACACUUGCAUCCUUACAUAACACAGAACAAGAGUAUCAGGCUGGAUGCUCUGUGUUAAAUUCAUGUGUUAACACACAAAGGAACUCCGGCCCCACAUGAAUCGGUAUUGGCAUGUCCCUGUCUUGACCCCCCCCACAUCAGUGCAUCGCGUAAUCUGGCUUGAAGAGCACCUAAACUAGGAUUGUAGAUGAUGUGCGAAUGCAUGUGACGGCCCGCGAGAACGAGCGCUCCUAGAGCGUCCUUUCAUAUUUGAUGGGAGGAUUUAAGCACCGCCCACCCUCACUGCAUGACAUCCCACCCCACCCCUGCCCUCUCAAGUAACUUCAGACUGUUAUUUUUUUGUGCAAAUUUGUACUUUUCUCGAAGA